UUGGACACUCAUGUAAGGGAGACAUAAAAUGAGUCAGACUAACAAAACUCAGGGAUCAGAUUUAAUUGUGAGCAAUACUACAACAUAUUCAAUUGGAGCAGGCUUGCUUACCUCACCAAUGAAAGUACUAUUUAAGAUCUGGCAACCAGAUGUUUCACUAGAGUAAGCAGCUGCGAGCAGGGCUUUUCCAGACCACAUCAGCAGUGACUGCAAAAAACGGCAACAAAAGACAUGGUUGUGUUCCCCUUUUUCUUUGCCUUGCUGUGGGAGAGAGCUCCUGGUUGGGGAUUCAAGGAUGGAGUUCUCCACAAUUCGAUUUGGUUAGAGCGAGCAGCUGGCGUAUAUCACAGAGAAGGAAGAAGUGGAAAAUACCAGCUGACCUAUGCAGAGGCAAAAGCAGUGUGUGAAUAUGAAGGAGGGCAUCUAGCAACAUAUCAGCAGUUGGAAGCAGCAAGAAAAAUAGGUUUUCACAUGUGUGCUGCUGGUUGGAUGGCUAAGGGAAGAGUUGGGUAUCCAAUUGUUAAACCUGGAAGCAACUGUGGCUUUGGAAAGACUGGGAUUGUGGAUUAUGGCUUUCGACUUAACAGAAGCGAGAGAUGGGAUGCUUAUUGUUACAACCCUAAUGGAAAAGAUUGCGGUGGAGUCUUCACAGAUUCAAAAUAUAUCUUUAAAACCCCCGGCUAUCCAAAUGAGUAUGAAAAUGAUCAGAUCUGUUAUUGGCAUAUAAGAGUGAAGUAUGGACAGCGGGUUCAAAUUCAGUUCGUUGACUUUGAUCUUGAAGAAGAUGCAUCUUGCAUGUCUGAUUACUUAGAAAUAUAUGACAGUUAUGAUGACGUCAAUGGCUUUGUGGGCAGGUACUGUGGAGAUGAAUUACCAGAUCCAAUUGUUAGCACAGGAAAUGUCAUGACACUAAAAUUUCUGUCGGAUGCUUCUGUGACGGCAGGAGGAUUUCAGAUUAAAUAUGUUGCUUUAGACCCACCAAAAAAGAGCGCUGGGAAAAACGCAACUACCCAGAGUAACACAAAUUAUUUAGCUGGAAAAUUUGGCAUUAUGUAAAAGAACAUUGACAUGAAGGGGGAAAAUAGCCUGGAAUGUCAUGCCCUGCCAUCGUUGAAAUUGCUACAUCUUGUCAGUGGAUUCCUGUCCCUGUAAUCUCCUGUCUGUCAUCUCUUCCCAGUCUUCACUGGAUCUUCAGCUGUAACACACUCCCCAUCCGAUGAUUCCCACCAUCUGGCAGAUCUUCUCCUCUUCCUCCGUUUCAGAAAACCCUUCUUUUUGUUACAUGCUUUUCAUGUUUUCAGUAAAAAAUGUCAGGGGCCAAGUGAUCGAGCAGUUAAAUGAUCUCUUCUGCUUCAGGAUUGCUCUUUGAUAGGCAUUUUGUAUGGAACAAAGAUCUCUUUACGCCAGGCAGUUAUGAAGAAACUUUUAAUUACAGAUUCUAAUAACCUGUUCUGCCCUUGAUACAUUAUUAAGAUUGUAGAUAAUAAAAAUAUUUAUCAAAUUUUG